AUGGCAAUUGCUGCAGCUUCUACCUCAGCAGCAUCGGCAUAUGUAUCCUCGACAAGUCUGGACAAGGAAGGGGCGCUGAGGCUGCUGGAGACAUGUCCAAAUCCGGUGGCUCAAACUUUGAACCCUCCUGCAAAACUGGAAAAUCCAGAGCGAUUAUUGCGAGUAUUUCGAGACGACGUCUCGACGAUUCUCAGACCAGAGCCGGAGCAGUCAGAGAAACGCAGCAGCCAUAAACCGUUGAUUCUCCUCAACGACCGCUGGUUCCACUUGGUCGACGCCGCCGUAACAAUGGUGAGAAAUGGUCACGUGGACUAUGGGUUUGGCGUGAUACAAUUCUGUCUGGAUAGGGGUCGCAUAUUUCUCGAAAAUGCUCCACCGGCUGUGCGCAUGUGUCAGGUCCUGUUCCGGAUGAACCAGACGCAUCCGGAUCUCUGCCAGUCCAUGAUAAAAUAUCUGCAUCAGCUCGCUAAACUGCUCCUGCCUAAUGGGAAUCAGACGCGACGCACACUCGAACAAAUGUCUUCUCUGGAUAUAGGAGAUCUUUCGGCUGUGGAAGAGCUUCUCCUCCGGUUCUGCGGGGAUUACGCAGAAAACGAGAUACGUGCCGAGAGCGGCGAUUUGCAGUCCGCCGCCGAAAAAUUACGAAUAUGGGGGUGGUCCGGAGCAGAUACGUCGAGUCCAAUAGUGCGAAAAAUGGUAUCAAUGUUCGAACAGGAGGCGCCGCUUUGGUUCGUUGGUAUACCCAUUUACCCGCUACGCCCGGAACUUUCGCAUUUGUGGCAAGACCUAGAGUGCAUUUCAGUCGAAGAAUGGACAGAAUUAUUCGGCGCCGAAGAUCUCGGCAUGCUUAUACACACGAUUUGGCAGUUUGGUCCAGUUGUUGAGCAGGGCCACAGUCUUGAGGAAAUCGCUUCGAUGCAAUCGCUCCAUCUUUGCGAGGAGCUCAUGUUCCAGGUCGAUAACUCGAGAACGCUCAAGCAAAUAGAGUCGAAUAUCCGUACUUUGGAUCGCAUGUGCCCAGGCCUAACGUCUGCGCAAGCCAAGUUGUAUCGAAAGAAUACGUGGAAAUACACUCGUCAGAUUAUCGAGAACAGAGUCGAUAUCGCGAAAAGGAGCGUGUGA